UAAUUAACAACUCAAAUGGAUAUUGUUAGUUAGACCCUACAACAACUACAAAUAAAUUCAAAUUGGCAUGGCAAGAACAACUGUUUCAACUAUAUCAUAACGAUAACCACAAUAGUACGUGCAAUUACAACACUUCCAUUUUCGUAGCUACCUUCUUCCAUUACGAAGCCAAUGGCGGUUCUGUUACCUUCCACACCAACUAUACUCUCUACUCCGUUCGGAAAUCGAACCACAACACAUUUUCCACUUCGACCUCACUCCCACACCUUCUUACCCUCCACCAAACGCUUUCUUCGCGGUUCACUUUCCGUUUCCCGCUUCGGAUUUCAACCUGGGUUUUUAACCCAACCGGAUGACACCGAAUUUGUUAUCAGGGAAUUGUUUAACCGAGCGGAGGGUUUUCUUUACACAAUUGCCGAUGCCGCUGUUUUGUCUUCCGAUACGGUGGUAAACACCGCCAUCGCCACCGCUAAGCAGGAUCACGAUUGGCUUUCAUUAAUCACCAAUUACGUCGAGACUGUUCUCAAGGUACUUAAGUUUGGGCUUUCUACUUUGCAUGUGCCGUAUGCUUAUGGUUUUGCAAUUAUAAUGCUCGCAGUUCUUGUAAAUGCUGUUGUAUUUCCGUUGAGAAUAAAACAGGUAGAAUAUGCCGAGGUAAUGCGAUCUUUGCAACCUAAAGAAGAGGCUAUUCUAAAACAGUAUGCCGGGGAUGAGGAUACAAUUGUACUUGAAACUGUUCGGUUAUAUGAAUCAAGCAGCAUUGAUCCUGUAGUAGGAUUGCUACCCAGUCUCUUAACAAUACCAGUGUGGAUCGGGCUAUAUCGAGCCUUUUCUAAUAUGGCAGAUGGGGGACCUAUUAGUGAAGGCUUCUUUUGGAUACCUUCUCUUUCUGGUCCAACUACAAUUGGAGCUUGGCAAAAUGGAAGUGGUAUCUCUUGGCUUUUUCCUUUUGUGGAUGGUCACCCGCCCCUUGGAUGGCCAGAUACAUUGGCUUACCUUGUCUUGCCUGUUUUGUAUGUUGUCUCUGAAUACAUUUCUCGCCAAAUAAUACAAUCAUCACAGGGACCAUCAGUUUAUACCAAAACUCUAGAGAAAGAAGCAGAGUGGUCCUUUGGGGUAUCCUUGACCUUUGAGAGAAAGGAUACUGAUCCCAAUGUGAAGAGUUCUCAAGAAAUCUUUCAUGUCAAUAUUCAAGAUACUGAUUUUGAUUUCGACAUGGAGAGUUUUCAAGUCAAAGAUGAGGUCAUUUUAUUAGUGUUUGGUUGUUUUACUCUUUUAGUUCCUUCAGGUCUUGGACUUUACUGUUGUGCAGGUUCACAUAUAAUAUAUUGAGCACUUUACAGAGAAUAUGGCUUCAAAAGUUAGAAGGUGCAAAAAAUCCUUUGAGACAUGUUCUAGAUGAUAAUGUGAAAAAUGACCAAAUGCAGAUUCAGAAGUCAGUAUCUAAACUAAAUUCCACAAAAGUUGAAAAAACUAGAACAGUUGACAAAUAUACUGCAGAGUGGCCACGACCUGGUGACAGGUUAGUACUAACAAUCACAACUACUGGAUUAGACCCAGAUGACGUGACAUUGGAUUGAAUUAGAAGAGCUGAAUAUGUUAUAAGAUUUACCGGCCCGGUUGGCAUCUAUAGGCUAUGUUAGAACUUAGAAAUGCGACGAUGUCCCAUGCAAUUUGAGGUCUCUCUGGUUAACAUUGUAGUACAUUGCUAUAGAAAUGAUGGAAUGAACAAGAUUCAAAGGUUUCCACAAUUGAGGAGGAGGAGGAGUUGGGUUGUUAUAGAUUUGAUGUCUGAUAUGCAGCGUCAUAGUUUCAGUUUGUAUUAGUACUACAGUAUCAUGGCCAAGGUAUAUGCUAUGACUGAGAACUUCCAUAAUGCUUUUUGUCUGCCCUCAAAAGUAUAGGCAUGUAACAAGAUUUUACAGUGGCCUUUAUAGCAUUUUUCAUGAUAUUUGGUUGCACUCACUUACAAAGUGUGUCCAAACUCUAACUUUUGAUAACUUUUAAUGCGAAGAUAAGUUGCAUUUUAUGUGAUAAACAACUUAUUUGCAACUUAUAGUAUAAACGUUUAUCA